CGUACUAAGGAACUCCAUCAGAGAGACUCAAAACCCAAAGCCUUCUCCCCAAGUGUUGAGGAAAAAGCUCCGAUAAUGGCGUGGAUGCGACUGAUACAGAGCGCGAGAUCUGUUUUAAGAGCCGAACCAACGCCGUCGACUCUUAACUUCCUUAGAUACUAUUCCAAAUCCGCCGCUCCUUAUCCCGUGAAAGUUGGAAUUCCUGAGUUUUUGAGUGGGAUUGGUGGAGGAGUUGAGACUCAUAUUGCUAAACUUGAAACCGAGUUAGGCGAUCUUCCGAAGCUGCUCGUGACUCGUACGCUUAGACUCAAGAAGUUCGGUAUCCCUUGCAAACAUAGGAAAUUGAUACUGAAAUAUAGCCACAAAUACAGGCUAGGUCUAUGGAAACCUAGAGCUGAUGCUAUAAAGGCGUGAUUGGUUCCUGUACUCAUUGAAUCGUGAGUUCCUCUCAUACUUUGUUAUGCUAGUGGAAUAAUGAGUUGUUCUCAGAAUGAUCUAGGCAUAGAAAUGUUGCGAAUUACUUGAAACACCGUACCAAUUUCUCUGCAUUCAUGUACUUGUUUUCUCUGUGAUUCAAAUCCAGGAGCAGUAAUUUUUGAAGUGUUGAAUGUAUCUGUCUUGUGGGAAUCCGUAAGGCAUAAUAACUUCUCUCCACUGCU